UAUAAUGCAACGCAAUUUGCGCAGAGCUCAGAGUAAUGGCGUCUGUGCGAGGCGAGCUCACAAGACUCACAAAAUGAAGCGACGGAGGGAAUAUUUAUGUUAGCAGAGGGCUUUUAGAAGGGUUUGCGGGCGCGGGAUCGCAGCGAGAGGCGCAGACUUGGCAGCAGUUGAGGACUUUGAUCGGUUCAGCGCGAUGAUAAAGCUCAAGUCCAACCAGACGCGCACUUACGACAGAGACGGCUACAAGAAGCGCGCGGCCUGCCUAUGCUUCAGGAGCGAGCGCGAGGAGGAGGUGCUGCUGGUGAGCAGCAGCAGUCAUCCGGACAGAUGGAUCGUUCCUGGAGGAGGCAUGGAGCCGGAGGAGGAGCCCAGUGUUGCUGCUGUCAGGGAGGUGUGCGAGGAGGCAGGAGUAAAAGGUACAUUAGGACGAUUGGUUGGCGUUUUUGAGAACAGAGACAGGAAGCAUAGAACGUAUGUCUAUGUUCUCAUCGUAACUGAAGUUCUGGAGGACUGGGAGGAUUCAGUAAAUAUUGGUAGGAAGAGGGAGUGGUUUAAGACAGAAGAUGCCCGGCGUGUGCUGCAGUGUCACAAACCUGUGCAAGCAUCUUACUUCGAAGCCCUUCAGCAGGACUGCAUGACCAGCAACGGCACGUCUCUGGUGGCCACUUACAACAUUAAUCAGAACUCUCUGUCCAGCAUCAGAUAACUAUCACAACAAACACAGAAGCCUCGGGCGAAAUUCUCCAUCAUUUUCUACCUUUUCCUACCCAACUGAACUCCUACUGCAACUACUAUCACGUCUUUUUUAUUUCAGCGCGUUAAUGGCUGCAUCACAUGAAAGCUGAUUGCCUUACCAGCCUUUUUUAGUGUUCAGAUGAAGAUCACGGUCUGGGGACAUGUGACAUAAAAGUCUUUGCAAAUGACAGUUUGUCUGUUUCUUCUUGCGUUUUAAGGAAUACUUGCAUGAGAUUCUCUUUUCCUAAUGCCAGGAUUACUGAAUGCAACUACACUUUACUCUUGUGUCUUGAAAUAAGUAGUGUUUAAAGAGAAAGCUGUCAGAAGUGUUUGUAAUGAUGUUGUGGUAAACGUUUGGCCCUUUCAUUCUGCAGUGUUUGCCUUUAGCCUCUAUGGAUAUGCUGUUAUAUAGAGUUGGUUGAGUUUUUGCAUGAAUCGCAUAUUCAUAGUCUUAGUUCUUUAAACUGCUAAACAAAAGAGAGAUUAUGUCUUAAAUUGAUCAAAGUAGUUGAAAUCGUAGUCUUAUUGCCAAUAUUACACACUCAUGUUGGGAUUUUUUCUCAAAUGCAGCUACUGUCAAGUUAGUUGUGAAGAGCACAUUUUCAAAAUGUUCUAAAUAGUGCUGUCAAACGAUUCAUCGCAUCCGAAAUAAAAGUUUUUGUUUACAUAAUAUAUGCGUGUGUACUGUUUAUAUAUAAAUACACACACACAGUGUAUUUUUGAAGAUAUUUGCAUAUAUUUGCAUUCAUAUAAUUUAUCUUAUAUAUUAAUAUAUAAACAUAACAUUUUCUUAAAUGUAUACAUGUAUGUGUGUGUGUUUACAUAUACAUAUACUCAACCCACACAUAUAUUAUGUAAACAAAAACUUUUAUUUUGGAUGCAAUUAAUCACGAUUAAUCGUUUGAUAGAGCUAGUCCUAAUGUUUGGUAGUGCACUGCUUUUACCAUUGAAGGUGGUUUUGAUCGAGAGUGUAGGAUCGUCUUUGGCGUCUAGUGUGGUGGUUUUUCUGGGUCUGCAAUCCCAGAUGUGAGAAAGCAUUUAAAUAAAUGGCUUAAAGCAGUCCAGUUUACUGAGUGCACUGGUUUUGCUGUGGUACAGGAUUUAAUGUAAGAGGUGUGGAUGUGAAAGGACAUUCUGAGCCUGUUUAGGACAUCAGUAUCAUAAAUCUCACGGUCAGUGGUCAAACACAGCACCGUCUCAGCAGCUGUUGAUGUCUGAUUCUUCUUCAUUCUUACCGUUCUUAUCUGAGGGUUUUGCACCAGUAUUCAUAGCACAAUGGCAACAAUAUACCAAUUUCUCAGUUUUAGUUGCGAUAAUCUCAGUUUAUUGUCUGUCCGCUCAUAAACUAUAACCAGUUGUGUAUGUGUGUGGAUCUGUGUACAGUAUGUGGGUUUGUACGUGUGAAUUAAUGUGAAUAAUCAAAGGACUUGAUGCCAAGGUGAGCUGUCUGCCUAAUAAUCUGCCUCUCAUGGAAGAGGACCGAUUUCGUUUGAAAUGUUUACAGCUUGAUUGUAGUUUCUGUUCAGACACUGGAUAUUCACUGACCUCUGUUCAUUUGUUAUAGAUGACUGUUAAUGGUGUCAUUUCUUUUUUGAAAUGCACUUUUCUAGGUCUUAAACAAUUUAGUCUGUCCUAAUUAUAAAAUGCUUCAUUUGGUUUUUUUUAAAUUUGUUUAUGAUUUAUGAAAUUGUCACAAGCAUGUACUUCAAAUGAGAAUUGUUUAGGUCUCAAGAAAACUUGUCUUAUCAGUAUUUCAAUGUUUUUCUCUUAAAUCAGAAAGCACAAAAGUUAGUUUAUUGUGGAUAACUUCUAAAAUUACCAAAUCUAAAUUGUUCUCUAUGGGCUAAAACAGGAAAAAUGGCCUGUGUUAUUGUAAUAAGAUUAGUUAGCUAAACCCAAUCCAAAGCUGGUCCUCCAAUGUUUGUAUAAAAUGCUUCUUUUUCAGUAGUAAACUCAAAACCUAUGGCGGUCGUGGCAGAGGAUGGUGAUCAAUCUCUACACAUUUAUUGCAAUCAUUAGUGGAAUGUGAAUAAGCAAUGAUCAAAUCACUUUGCAUAUCACUUCUAUGCAGGUCUAAUAACAGACUUGUCCUUAAAUUGUAAAUGCUACAUUAUUUGAAAGAAAAAAAUGUUGGCGUUUUUACACUUGCUACAUUGUUGGUGUUGUAGAUCGAGAUGUUUUGGUGUAAAGUAUUGAUUAUUUCUUGAGUAAACUGAAAACAUUUCAAGAAUCUCAAUGUCGUUCCUCAGUUGUUGCCCUUUUCUAACGCUUCAAGCACACUGUUUACCCUGUAUCACUCUGCUGUAUCUGAUAUUGGGAAAAGACAUUUUGACCCAAGAUUGUAUAACAGUUGUGUCAACAAGCUAUGAAUAAAAACUCAAAAAAAAUGCUACGUGCAUAUCAUGAA